AUGGCGGCGUACGUCGGAGUGAAACUUCGCGUGUCCACAAUUGGAGGCGAUGAAUUCGAAGGAAUUUUACACUCUUUUGAUGCCAAUAGCAAGAAAAUAUCUCUGAUGAAAGUGAGUAUCCUGCCGUCUGGCAAGAAACUGACAGGGCUGCUUCAUUUCUAUGGACAAGAAAUAAAGGAUUUGGUUGAGGUGGUAGACGUGCCAGAAAGCAACUCAAACCAGACAAGGAAAUCACCAGCAAGUCAGGCCAGCAAGAAUGAAGUUGGCCCCUCUGAGACAGAAGAUAAUGAGGACUUGAACCUUGAGACAUCAGAGGGCUACGUUUAUCUCCAUCACCCAGGGACCAAGCUCAGGCAAGCCGUGGAUGUCAUCAAAACCCAGCAGCUGAUUGGUGUUGCUACGGAGGCGGAGAGGUUGGGCCGCAGAGCCAAGAUAUCCCUCUUACAGAUUUGCUGCGCCAAUCAAGUCUUCCUCUUUGACGUCCUGUCUCUGGGGCCCUCUGUCUUCACCCAGGGCUUGGCGGACGUCUUGGAGUCUCCUGCUGUGGUCAAGGUGAUGCAUGACAGUAGAUGGGCCUCCGAUCAGCUCUACCAUCAGUAUUCAGUCAAACUCACCAAUGUCUAUGACACACAGGCUGCCGAUGUGCUGGUCAGAAUGAGACAGCUGAACGGGGAGCUGCCACACAAACUGAACAGCCUCCCAGAGUGCAUGCUGGAGUACCUGAACAUGUCCAUAGGACACGUCUACCCCCACUGGCUGAAUGACCAAGCUAGGGAGACUGAAGCGGAUUCCUGCUGGUUAGAGCGCCCUCUGUCACCUAAGCUGCUCGCCUUGGCAGCCGGCAAGGCCCGCCACCUGCCGGAGCUGCGCGUCAUAACACUACAUCAUCUCCUGGCCGAGUUCACGGCGUCGGUGGACGUUUUCCUGAGCUGCAUCCGAGACAUGUCGGACAUGAGCCGCAGCAAAACCAAUGUCAGUACGUCAGUGGUUCCCAGGCAAUUAGAAAGGCUUGUGUAUGGACGUUUGCCGAGUACCGAUCCCCCAGUGUUCAAUCACAGCAGCACACCCAUUGGAUAUGAUCCCUUACAAAAAGAAACAGUGCCUCAUUUUCCUGGGAAUGGGCACGGCUCCCUUCACCAGCAAGCAUCUUCAAAUACUCAGACCUCAAAGAUGCCGACCAGGGAGUCUCCUCGCACCACCGCACCGUCCGAACCUGCAGCUUCAAGCGAGCAGAGCUUCUGCGUGCUGAAAACAACCGUUGCCAGAGAGACGUCAGAUCUGGCCAGACUCACAAAUGGUUUUUCCCCCGCCCACAGCAAGAGAGCACAAAGCAAGCCUAGCCAUUCAGGGAAAGUGGCAGGCAGACGGGGAACGGCUGCAGUCUUUUGUUCCCCGAGCUCAGACGCAGAGUCGGAAGUGAAAGAGAAAGAGAGAGGUCAGGCUGAAGAGAGGAGUGCCUCCACGGCGGAUAGGAGAGAGAGCGACCGGAGAUUCUGGGAUCAUUCCGACGAUGGCCAUACGGCGACAACCAGUCAGGAGUCAGAUGAGUCGUUGACAUUGAUGGCCGAAGAACAGUCUGUCGAGCAAGAUGUAGUCAGACACACUCAGGGCAGAACUUUAACUGUGCGUGGGGAUCAAGGGAUCAAAGGUCAAGAUGGUGAGGUGAAUGAAGGUGAUAAUGGUGAUGAAAAGAAGAAAGAGGAGGAGGAUAGUGAAGAUGACAGCAGUGAUGAAGAAGAUGGUGAUGAUGACAGUGACCAAAGGGCAGAGCCCAGUGAGGAGUCGGAUACUCCCAAAGACCCCCUUCCCAACCCCAGAGGACACACCCAAACCAUCCAAUGCCUGUUGAGCCUCUCACCUGGACGACAACCAGGGCCACCCUCUCAGGAAGGAACCGGCCGCAAAGUGACCACACGAAAUGCCGGCAGCACCCUGGCAAACAGCCUUUCCAUCACCCAGAAGACCAGCGCGAUGCCAGAAUCGGGGAGGAGAGAACACACCACAAGCCGCCUGUACAGCUCGAUUUUGAAGGAAGCGGGACUGAUCAGGACUGAGAACGGGCAGGGGGAUAUCUUAAGAGUUCAGUCGCCCGCCCAGUUCCCCGCACUGGGUCAGGAGACCCAUACAGAACCCCAGGAGCCAACCCGACCCGCGGUUGGCCGUGGGCGAGCCAGGGUAUUGGCUCAAAGUGGAGAUAUGUUGAGAACGAUACGGAGGCCAGUGGAGCUUAAAGCAAGAACGUUCCGGAUGCGGCAGUACGACUUCCCGUCCCAGGAGGAGAUGGACAGGGUCCCCAAGAGCAGGCCCCUCUUGGCCAGCGAUUAUUACACGGGCCCUGAACCGCCGGACGGCAGCUACCCUUGAGGCGUCACCUCGACCCGGGCCGUCAACCUUGCUUAGUAACAAGAUUCUACAGAGCCUGCAAGUCCGUGUCCCAAUCUGAUGAUGUUGAAGACGGCUGCUACAUUUUUGCACAACAUCUCGCCUCCUGGCCAUCGCCCUACCUGCACAGCUGGUUCACGGACCCUCGCGGUCACUAGAUCUAAGGAUUUACCUUUUCAAACUAGCAUGGCAAGAUACCAGCUGUCCUAGGGAUAUCUUGCCACUUGCUUUCACAAUACCUCCUGUACCGUUCACUAAAAGCGUUCACCUGACAAUUAAAGACAGAGAGGCCUUUCUUCAUAGCCAGUUCCUCCUACAGAGCAACUGAUACCUCCUUCCAGAUAUUGCUAUACAUCUAGUAUCUGCUCAAACCUGUCCUGCCCUGUAACACAUCAUGAUGGUGACAAGGUUCCAAGAAGCCCACUGUCCAAGCAAUCUCUUCUCAGAGCCAAGGUUACACACAUGUCAAGCAGUAAGCCUUCCCGUUUCUUUCACAGUCCGGCAGGUUUUGGAGUAGUCUUUCGGCUAACGGGAGGUACUCCCCAGCAGUUGUUUGUUCACGUGGGAUUUAUGUUCCUUGAAAGCUAGCUUUCAGAGAACGUGUCACUGACAUUCCAGAUUCCUUCACCAGACCAAAAACAAGUUCAGGAGUUAGGGUCAGAGAUAUUCCUGCAUCUCUGUUGCUGUGUAACCCACCUUGGACACUUUGAGGCCCAAAGUUCACAAUUUUAAUAGAAAAACCUGUGCACUGAACUAUGUCUUCCCAGUUGACAUCACAGCAACAGCGCCCUCAGUUGUUCGGAAAACAUGGAUAAGUUAAGUGUUUAAAAAGUGCACUUUUUAGUAUAUUAAAAGGGUGCACCUUUCAGUACAUUUAACCCAUCAGAAGUGUAAAAGAGUUUUCAUACAUUUGAGAAGAGUACACAGUUGCAGAAAAAUUGUGUUCAAGAAAACUUGACUGUGGCUAAACUUUAAGACAAGAAACCACUGUAUUAGUGUCCUUUUGUGGGCACUUCUGUAAGACUCCCAUCCUAUUUUUCUUGCCACCUGUAAAAAGAAGUUUUAUUCACGACUUGGCAUAAAUAAAUGCUUUCUUAUUUUGUGUGCUACUUUUGUUAGAUUGCUUUGUAUACUUUUCGCUUCUUGUCUCCACUCAAGUUUUAAACAUUUUCCAAUUUUAAAUUUAUUUGUACAAAGUGUUCAUAUGUUAUUAAACAGUUUUGUUUCAAAAAUGGACCAGAUGUAGAUGUUGUUCCUUGUAGUUAUUAAGCCUGCAGUAAGUAGCCGCUUGAAAAAUGUACGUUCUCAGGAAAGAACAGGCUUCUGUCAAAAAUUGAAACGUUUUCAGACCAGCUGCGCCUUUCCUUCCUGAGUAGGAAUCCAAAGUCAUCAACUCCUUGCUGUUGCAAGGAUCAAUACGAUGUGACUGAACACUUCUAAGGGUCAUUUCACGCAAGGAAGCGUUAGCGCUUGGCAGGUUCUUCUCCAAAGAAAAAGAAUUGUAACAUUGGAGCACCGCCAACAAAGAAUGGGCCAGAUGACUUGAUGUGGCAUCACUGUAACAUUUCACGCUGACAGGGUCUAAAGGUUCAUGAAUUUUAAUUUUCUAUUUUUGAAGAUCUACACAUCCAUUUUUAGCCAGCAUAGUUAGCAAACUGCAUGUAUUACAAAUAUUUAUUUUAUACGGGCUACAGUCUCUGUUUCCACCAUAUAGUAAUUCUCAUUUUUCUCGAUUUUUUUAUACCAUGGUAAUAGCAGUUUACACAAUAAUUGCAAACAUAACACUAAAAUUACAUGCAACCAUCAUUUUAUGUCUUUUUCAUGCAGAACGUGAACACUGGAUAGUACGUAAUUUUUUCAUCUGGUACUUACAUGUACAGAUGCCCAAGUUUAGCAUUUUUCAUAAGCUGCAUCAACAAAUAUGUACUUUCAUUUUUAAGAGAAGUACCAUUUGUUAUCUUUUAUAACCCCAAACGGAUUUACUUGCACUCUGUGGUGAUUUGUUUUUACAAGUAAGUCGUUUGGACCAAUGUUUUGGGUGUUUAUAUUUUGUAAGAAAUUGUCAAAACCUCCUUCGAGCAAUAAAUUGGAGCGGACUGAUUUUAUGCUGUGAAACAGAGAA